GAUACCCAUAGUUUGCAUGUACUACGAAUGAUUUCUAGAAGCAAUUCACCCGAAUUAUUAUCACUUGAUGUAUCUUAUCUCAGAUGUACUAGUAUCCGUUUUUGAAAUGGAGUAAGAGCCCUUUCAUUGUGAACAGUCCGUGGAGCCAAUGACGAAGGAACCCUUGCGGGGGAGGGGAGAAGGGAAUCAUGAAACCACCCAACUUCAAUUGCUUGUCCACUCACUCGAGUCUCUCUGUUAUUCCCCUUCGAAACUCCUUUUGGCGACACAUAAAACUGUAUCACAGUGGCUUCUUUCUUUCUCUCAUUGAUUUAUUCGAGGUCGUAUUCGUAUUUAUUUUCCCAUCCCCUACUCAAGGAAAUGACGCAGUGGGUGGCUGGACUGCGACGGUCGGCAGACCAGGCAACAGUGGGAAAAGUAUCGCCAUGACGCGCGUGUUGAUCGUCGUUAUUCCCGCGCUACUACGGACUGACGAGAGUUAUUAUAUGGAAGCCAAGUCCCCGUCAAGAAUAACAAAUGUGAUCGACCACACAGCCAAAAUGUCAUGUCUCACCUUUUCCCCCCCCUCCUCCACUCCCCCUUGCAAGCUAUGCGGCACAUGGCCUCAUGCUUGGGUUGGUGACACGGACCGAUCGGGAAUUGGCAUUAUUGGCAAAGCUGGGCAAAAAAGCUUAGGACCCCGACCGCAUACAAUCAAAGUUUCAACAGGGGCAGAGGGCAAAGAAGAGCCAACAAAAAUUGAACAAGGGACUGGAUCACACCCAGAACAAGAAUUGCACACAUCAGAAAGAAGAAAGCCUGGAUUGAGUUCGACCCUGGGUCCCUGUAAUGUCGCACCAUCCACCCAUGGGCAACAACACUUCUCCCAAUUUAUUCCAAGAAUAGCCGGCGCUCAAUGAUGAUUUGCACGAGGCUGACGUGGUCCGCCCGAUUGUCCGUCUCCAUUGCUGGCCACUGGUCCGCCAAUCUCCUUUUUUGUUUCUCUCCGAUUUGAGAAAAAAUAAUAACAAUCAAUAAUCAAAUCACAAAUCUGGAACCUGAGAUGGGUUCAGGGCGGCUAGCAUUAGCACAGUGCUGCCGCCCCCCCCC